CAAUCACUUAACAACAUGUCUCUUAAACUGCAUCAGUUCUUUGCGUUGUGCAGAACUUUUUCUGUAUUGUCUGUGGCACAGACAAUACAGAAAAAGUUCUGCACAACGUGCUAAGUUAUUAAAAGUCACUCUGUGCAAAGUUAUUAAAAGCAUGCAGACUCCCAGUCACACCUUAUUUUCUGCUUUUUGAUAUCUAGUUUUUUCAACGUUCCAAAACCCUUGGGGAUAACUAGGUAUACGAAGCACUGAACUUCGUGUAAAAAUUUUCUUAAUGACGGAUGUAAGCACGUACUUUUCGCGCGGUCAACGUCCUGGCCGUUUCAAUCUGGGCAAUGUGGUCCUGGUAAAUUUGCUUGGCAAGGAAUACUUUCUGGGAUUCAUUCAAGAUGUCGAUCGCGAUCGUGAUAUGGUGUUUGUUGAUUUCGACUGCAAUACCAUCGCGCCAUGGUGGGUACCCGCCGAUCGGGUAUGGUUUCGCUCUCACUUUUGCAGAUUCCACAAUAAUGUUAGAUACGGUCCAAUGGACGUGUUCGUAGCAGUGCGCAAAAUGAACAGCGAGCCGUAUGUUUUUCGUCCGGGAAAACUUGUACAAAAUUGUGGCACGGAGAACUUGUACCUCACUUGCAUUGCCAUAAAUUCUGACGAUAAGGAGGCCAUUCAUGUUGUACAUCACUGGCAGGUUGUCGACUAUCUCCCUUUCCCACACCACCCAGACAGAUAUUACGUUAUGGAUUACGUUAAGAAAAUUGUUAUACCAACGGAUUCUCUGCGAUACGCCACCAUUGAUGAAUACCGGAUCAGUCGCAUGCUGGACAUGGGUUUUCGCAACGGCAGACGAUUUAAUUCGGAACUGUGCCCGGAUCGCUUGUUUGUUGAGAUCGAAUCGAAUGCAAUUCGUAUUCUUAUCUGGAAUAUUGCAUGCAUGCAUUUCACAGAAAAUGGAUAUGGUUUUGAUAAUUGUCCUACAGAUGGAGGUUGCUUCCACAAAAAUACGGAAAAAAGGAUUACUGCGGGCGUAGAGAAGUACUUGUUUGGUUACUGUGGCAAGCCGGAGUUGUGCUUACAGUUUUCGAAAAGUUUAGCUGCAAACGAUCGAGUUUUUGAAACCCUGCCUCCGGAACUCCUGUCAGAAGCGCUGCAUUCUUUGGACCUCCGCUCUCAAGUGAUCGCCAAAAGAGUGUGUGCGCUAUGGAAUUUACUGUUACCCGAUCCGUCAACCGCCAAGUGCAUACAUAUCGACUUUGCGAGUCUCACCCGUCAAUGGACAUGGUGCAACGAAACGGAGGGUUACCACAUAGGGCAACUCGUGCACCGAUGCGUUCAUCCAGCCACCCACGCACUGGCCAUAAGCAACCUUUUCCAUCGCUGCGCUGAUCAAGAUCACUAUCCCACGGCAGCCGUUGUCACACAAGUGCUUCGCAUGAAAGGAACGCUCCCUUUAAUCGUCCUUAAGGAUAUACGCGUCCCCGCUGCUCGCCGGUUUCCUCGAGACAGCGACAAUCCUGAUGAUCCCAACUUAAGUGGAAUGAUAUUUUAUGCGCUGCAAUUCACCGAAGUAUGCCGACGAGUGGUCAUCAGGAACUACACGGUAGACUUUGCACAGUAUAGCGGUCCGCAUUUCCGGCAUCCGAUGCCCGGAUUCACGCAAACAAAAGAAUCUUUCUGUUUGAUGAUCCCCAUUCCCUCGAUGAUCUUAACAAACAUCCACAGCAAAGCCGAAAAAUUGCGGUGCCUGCAAGAUUUUAAAAUGACACUGGAAGCCCUCUGUCCGCCUGUCAAGCCCGCAGUCAAAAUCUGGUGGGAAAACCUGCACGCCAAGUGGGUACGAAAGGUGCCGUUUCCUGGGUUACCGUGGACUGAACUGCGGCAGCUACUUUGUUUCUACGGACCACAUGUUAGUCGCCAGCAGUUUGUGGACUGGAACGCCAGAGAUUUGGGUGACGCGACCCUGGGUAAUUUGCAGCUGGCCAUGCUUGCCCGCCAUUAUGGUGCUUUAUCAGCGGGGACCUAGAGUACAGUGCUGCAACUCCAGAAUUGCCGGUUUUUCGGUGCCGAUCGGCCCAUGUCAUACAACCGAUGUCUAUGAUUUGUGCACCAGUUCCAGAAAAACCUGUAUUCAUAUUUGUGUCAUAAAAGUUGCGUAGUAUUAACCUUGUUAGAGCUUCCUGCUUUCCUUUCCUUACCGAUAGGAUAGCAUCUCUUUGCAGGUAGCUGUACCGGAAUCAAAGCGGAAGGAGCUAUCCUUUUUACAUUUUCGUUUUGUUUUGACUGAUAAUUCAUAAUUACGGCACUUGGGGCUACU